AUGGCGGCAUCAGCGGAGGAGGCCGGCGCGCCGCGCUACAUCCUGAUUCCGCUGCACGGCACGGGCGAGGCGGUGGCGGUGGACGUGGAUCGCCUGCCGUCGGAUCAUGGCGAUCUGGUCGACAUUCUCAAGGGCGAGCAGGCGCCGCUCGACUGCUGGCUGCAACUCGCGGUGGAUGCGGAAAGGGUAUAUGAGACCUCUCGCCACGAGCGCAUAGCCAUGCUGAACGCGCUGGGAGCGCACUACACAGGGCUGGGGCGCGUGGCACGGCGGCAGAAGCGGGACGAGGUGCUGAUCAAGGUGGUGGACUUCUAUAACAAGGCUGCUCGCAUCAGCAGCGAGGCUGUGGCCACGUGGGUAGGGAAAGGGCAGCUGCAGCUGGUGAAGGGUGAGGUGCAUCAGGCGGAGGAGAUGUUCUCUCUCGCCCUCGCUGGCGCGCCCGACUACGUGCCCGCACUGCUGGGGAAGGCGUGUGUGCUCUUCCACAAGGCCAAGUUCCAAGACGCCCUCAACCUCUACAAGAAGGUGCUGCAGCUGCACCCCGCCUGCCCCGCCUCCGUGCGCCUGGGCAUCGGCCUGUGCCAUCUGCGUCUCUUGGCCUCCGCAGCAGCACGCCAGGCAGCAGCAGCACGCAGGGAGUUCCACGCGGGCAAGGCCAGGCAGGCGCUGGAGCGGGUGCUGCAGCUGGAGCCGGGGAAUGCAGACGCGUUGGUGGCACUGGGACUACUGGAUAUAAAUUCUGACGAUGUCACAGCAGUGCAGAGGGGCCAGCAGCGCAUGCUGGCAGCCUUCCACGCCUUCCCCUUCCACCCCAUGGCUCUCAACCACCUCGCCAACCACGCCUUCCUCGCCGGGCCCUCUCUGCACGGCCUGGUCGACCCCCUCGCUGCGCUCGCCCUUGCCAGCACCGAGGCUUCUCUGCCGCGUGCUGAAGCCUAUUACUGUCUUGCGCGCACCUACCAUGCACAGGGCGACAGGAAGAAGGCGUUUGCGUAUUACAAGGCGGCCACGGAGACGGUACAGCCAGGGGAGUUCGCCCUGCCCUACUAUGGGUUGGGGCAGAUUCAGCUGAGUCUGGGUGGUGCCAAGGCGGCACUGGGCACACUGGAGAAGGUGCUGGCUGUGCACCCCACCAACAGCGACGCUCUCAAGCUGGUGGGCGCCAUUCACCUGCAGCAGGGCCGGCAGGACCAGGCAUUGGGGUGCUUCCGCAAGAUCACCCAGCACUGCCCCUCUGACAUGGACGCGUGGUUGGAGGUGGGAGAGCUUCUCGUCUCCUCAGACCUCCCCGCUGCGCUCGAGUCUCUCAAGAAGGCAUACGAGCGCAUGGUGAAGGCAGCGGGCAAGGAGGGCGUGCCGUGGCAACUGGUGAACAACAUUGCUGCACUGCAGCAUGAGAGGGGCGCGUAUGAGGAGGCAGUGCAGGCAUACAAGGAGGCAUUGGGGCAACAUGGGCCGUGGGCGCCCAUCCUGCACCUAGAGGACGCUGAUGGUGGUGUUGAGGGGGGGAGGGGGGCAGAGACGGCACUACCAGUGGAGAAGGUGACAGUGGUGUUCAACCUCGCUCUCUCCCUCGAGCGCACCUGCUGCCUCACCCAGGCCGCUGCCCUCUACCGCCUCAUCCUUUCACAGUACCCGUCCUACCUGGACUGCCAUCUGCGCCUGGCAGUGAUGGCACUGGAUCGCCGAGACAAUGCCACUGCCAUGACGCAUAUAUCAGCCGUGCUACAGCGCGCCCCAGACAGCGUGGACGCGUUGCUGCUGCGCAGCCGGGCGGAGGCAGACAGGGACGACCAUGCGGCAGCCAAGGAUACACUCAAGCGCAUCGUGGACCUCUCGCCUGAGAAGUGCACUGCCGCCCUUGUUGCUCUGGGCAACUGGAACUUGAACAUGAGUGCUCGCCCCACGCGGGACACCAAGGCAGAGGCGUCCUUCCUUGAGAAGGCCCGGGAGAUGUUCCACAAGGCACUGACAGGCAGCAGCAGCAACAUGUAUGCGGCGAACGGGGUGGGGAGUGUGGUGGCGGAGAGGGGGUUGUUCGACGUGGCAAAGGACAUCUUCACCUCCGUGCAGGAAGCUUCCUCUGCUCCCGGCGCCACCGACCUACCAGACGUCUGGAUGAACCUCGCUAAUGUGCACCUGGCUAAGGGGGACUACGCUCUUGCUGUCAAGUUGUAUGAGAAGACUCUGAAGCGCUUCUUUGCAAGCGGGGCAGUGGGGGCGAGUGGGGCCGAGGGCUUCCACCUGCGCACCUUGUCCUAUAUGGCACGCGCGCAGUACGACGCCGACCAGCUGGCGCAGUGCCGCCGCUCGCUGCUGCUGGCGGUGCAUGUGGCGCCGAACAACGCCGCCCUGCGCUUCAACGUGGCAGUGGCGCUGCAGAAGAUGGCUGUGACUGUGCUGAAACAGGACAAACGGACGGCAGAGCAGGUGCGCAAGGUGGUGUCGGACUUGAAGACCGCCCUCCGCCUCUUCUCUCAGCUGGCAACACGGGGAGUGCAGGGGUCACAGGGGGGGGUGGACAAGAAGAAGGCUAACUCGCAUCUCGAGUACUGCCAGCAUGUGCUGAGCUCAGCCAAGCAGCACUUGGAGGUGGCGGAGAGGGAGGAGCAGCAGCGCAAGCAACGUGCGGAGGCAGAGAGGCAGGUGGCAGAGGUAGAGGCGUCGAAAAAGAGAGCGGAGGAGGAUAAGCUCGUGGAGGCGGAGAGGCAGAGGAGGGACGAGGAGGAGAGGAGGCUGCUGGAGCAGGAGGAAGAGAUCAAGCGCCGCAUGGAUAUGUGGAAGCGCAACGAGAGGCCCAAGGCAGUGGAGGAGACGUCUAAAAACUCGUGCCACCUCUUCCACUCCCUCUCUGCUGCCUCUUCCACUCCCUCUCUGCUGCCUCUUCCACUCCCUCUCUGCUGCCUCUUCCACUCCCUCUCUGCUGCCUCUUCCACUCCCUCUCUCUGCCUCUUCCACUCCCUCUCUGCUGCCUCAUCCACUGCGUCUAUGGAUAUGUGGAAGCACAACGAGAGGCCCAAGGCAGUGGAGGAGACGUCUAAAAACUCGUGCCGCCUCUUCCACUCCCUCUCUGCUGCCUCUUCCACUCCCUCUCUGCUGCCUCUUCCACUCCCUCUCUGCUGCCUCUUCCACUCCCUCUCUGCUGCCUCAUCCACUGCGUCUAUGGUGCCACUGCAGGAUAUGUGGAAGCACAACGAGAGGCCCAAGGCAGUGGAGGAGACGGACGGGAGAGACGAGCGGGAGGAAAGGCAUGAGGAUGAGAACCCAUGGGGGUCUGAUGGGGAGAGAGGAGGUGGAGGGGAGGGGUCGGGAGAUGAGGGAGGGAGUCCGAGGGGGGAGAGGAAGGGGAGAGGUGGAGGGGGCGAGGGGGAGGAGGAGGAUGCCCUGGCUGCAGCUGGGCUGGUGGAUGAGGAGGAGGGAGGGGAUGCACGAGGGGACGGCAAUGACCAGGGAGUGCCCGCUCGCAAGCGGCGCCGGCAGCUGGCAGAUUCGGAUGAGGAGGAGGCAGGUGGUGGCGCUGAUAAUGAGGCGCAUGAGGGGGGUAGUGCACCUGAUGCCGGGGAGGAGGCACCCCCACCGCCAUCCGGCACAGGUGAUGCAGAGGGCAUGCAGGAAGGGUGA